AUGGCGAGCUCGGUGACCGUCUACAGCAUAGCGCAAUCAAUCCAGCAACCCGGUCUCCUGGAGAAGGAUAACCUCGCCCGCUACCGCGUGAACCUUCCCCGGCGGUGUCAGGUCGGUUAUCGGGGCGCGCUGUGUUGCUGCUGCCCCCCGCGCUCCGAGAGCGACGAGGAGGCGCCCCUCGUCGCGAGCCCCGGCGUCCACAUCGGCAAGAGGGGCACCCACGUGGAGGUUGCUGGGCAGGGGCGCGGCAUCCUCGUGCGGGGGGAGGGCUCGGCACUCGCCGACACUGUGAUAGAGCAGGACGCCGCCUACUGGGAGGUCAGGGUCUUGGACUUGGGCGCGGAAUGCCACAUCGGGGUGGCCUACGAGCUCUCCGGCCACCUCCUUGAUAGCCAACUUGGCGACAGGUCGUGCUCCUGGACGUUGUCGCAGGAGCUGCACAGGGGCGACGUGAUCGGCGUCGCCUUUGGGCAGGGCGACAUUCCCAACCUCAGGCGGGCACCCUCCCAGGAGCGGGCACCGCCGCCUGAUAUGCGUAAUUAUUGUGUUCUUCAGAAAUGGGCAGCAGUUGGACGACGCCACGGUGUCCCGCGUCCGCGGGGAGGCCUAUCCGGCCGUGAGCGUCUCCGGCGGCGCCGAGCUGCUUCUCGUGUUCGACGAAAAGGACUUCGAGCACGCGCCCCCUGGCAGGCACUCCGAGGUCCGGCCCCCGCGCAAGAUGAUGUGAGCGAGCCGCUCGAGUGAGCCUACUUGCUGUCCAGACUAGCGCUGCUCUGCUUGCCGUGGCGGGAGGAGACAACGGUUGUCGCGAAGGUGGAAGAGGUGCAUGUUCUUGGAGUUGCAUGCCGAACCGCUGCGAAACGCAGCCGUGCACGUGCGCUUCAGCUGAAACGGCUUGAGUGCAGCCAGUCGCCUCCCAGAGGGACUGACAAGUCUCCUGGUUGAGGAGGUAUUGCGCCGCCGCGGCGUCAAGGGGAAGCAUUGGGGGGCACUGGGGCUGUCUUCUACGGUGG